AUGUUCAGGUCGGUGGCCGUUGCCGCCGCCGCCGCGGUUGGCUCCGUCGCCGCCAUCAGCAUCGCCGAGAUCAACGGCAACCGAUUCCUGUCGCCGUGGCAGGACAAGCAGGUCGUCGGGGUGGAGGGCCUGGUCACCGCCGUGGCCGACAACGGCAUCUACUUGCGGUCGCUGACGCCCGACGGCGACCCCGCCACCUCCGAGGGCCUGUUUGUGUACGACGGCGCCGUGGGGAAGCAGGUCCGGACGGGCGACGUCGUCACCCUGGACGGCCUGGUCAAGGAGUACCGCUCCAACAACGACCACCUGUAUCGGACGCAGCUCACCAGCCCGGCCCGGGUGGCGGUGGUGUCGUCGGGCCGCGCCGUCAAGCCGCUUGUCGUGGGCGUCGACACGCCCCAGCCGCCAGGGCGGGACUUCUCGUCGCUGGACAAGGGGGGCAUCUUUGGCGUGCCCAACGCCGCGGCGACGGUGUCCGCGGCCAACCCGGCGCUGGAGCCGGCGGCGUACGGGCUGGACUUUUGGGAGAGCCUGGCGGGCGAGCUCGUCACCGUCAGGGAUGCCGUCCUGCUGGGCCGGCCGAACCGGUACGGCGAUGUCUGGGUGCGGGGAAACUACACCGUCUCGGGGGUGAAUGCGCAUGGGGGGCUGACGAUGCUCACUGGCGAUGCCAACCCCGAAGCCAUCGUCGUCGGCUCUCCUCUCGACGGAUCCAGAAACCCAACCGACUCCAAGAUGGGCGACCACGUCGGCGACGUCACCGGCGUGGUGGCCUACUCGUUCGGCACCUACCGCAUCCUGCCGCUCACGGCCCUCAAGAUGGUCGCCCCGGCCGCGUCGGCGCAUCCCGCCGCGUCCUUUGCCAGCACCCGCCACUGCGGCGGCCUCACCGUCGCCGACUACAACGCCGCCAACCUCGCCCCCGGCUCGCCGCACCUGCCCGGCGUGGUGGACCACAUCGUCAACAAGCUCCGCCUGCCGGACCUCGUCUUCCUCCAGGAAGUCCAGGACGACUCGGGCCCCGCCGACGACGGCGUCACGUCGGCCAACCUCACCCUCUCUGCCCUGACGCGGGGCAUCGCGCAGGCCUCGGGCGUCCGGUACGACUUUGCCGACGUGGACCCCGCCGACAACCUGGACGGCGGCCAGCCCGGCGGCAACAUCCGCUGCGCGUACCUGUACCGCCCGGACUCGGUGCGGCUGCACAGGCCGAACCCCGGCGUGGGCGGCCAGGCCAACCGCGUCGUUGACGGGCCGGCCAUCAAGUUCAACCCGGGGCUGAUUGGCCAGGCCGACGCCAGCUUCGCCGCCACUCGCAAGCCGCUGGUCGCCAUGUGGAAGCCCGUCACGGGCUCUGACAAGCCCUUCUUCACCGUCAACGUGCAUUUCAGCAGCAAGGGCGGCUCGACGGGGAUGCAUGGCGAUGCUCGUCCGCCCGUCAACAAGGGCGUCGAGAAGAGGACUGCGCAGAUGGAGCUUACUGCUAACUUCAUCGCCCAGAUCCUGGCCAAGGACGCCCGCGCUCAAAUCAUCACCGCCGGCGACUUCAACGAGUUUACCCAGGUCCAGCCCCUCAAGGUCUUUGCAUCCAAGUCGGGCCUGGUGGAUCUGGACGAGGCCGCCGGGCUGCCCGAGGUGGAGCGGUACACGUACCUCUACGACCAGAACAGCGAGGCCCUAGACCACAUAUACAUCAGCAGGAGCCUUGCCAAGGGCGCAAAGGUCGAGCACCUGCACCUGAACACUUGGCAGGACAACAAGGGGCAGACGAGCGAUCACGACCCCAGCGUGGCCCAGCUGAAUCUCUGUGGGCGCUGA